ACUUCAGACUCCACGCAGAGGGCUGCUAUUACUACGGCAGCACCCCGAUGACGUGGGCGGACGCUAACAGCGCAUGCGUCGGCAUGACCGCCAACCUCGUCGUCAUAGAAACGGACGCCGAGCGGCACUUCGUCGACGCGUUCGCUGACAUCCCCUACCAAUAUCCGGACGAAGAAUCGCUGUCGGUGUGGCUGGGUGCGACGGAUGCGGUGACGGAGGAAGAGUGGCUGUGGGUGACGGGCGAUAGCGUCGGUGUCGACGGCUGGCUCGCCGGCUCACCGAAAAAUAGCGCCGCCGCCGACGACCACAUGUGCGUGUAUAAUCUGCUGGGCGUCGAGCUGCGGUACGUGUGGGACGACGCCGACGGCACCGCCCUGCUCCCCUACUUCUGCGAAAUGUAA